AUGUUAACAAGAAGGUUACUUUUACGUCCAUUGACGUAUCGUUCAAGUCCAAUAUCCUUGAACCGAUACCUUUCCACUUCUAGGGUCAGAUUAGCUGAUGAUGAAAAUACUGAAGCUGCAGUAGAGAAACCUAAAGAGAUAGAUCCUCGAGUGAUAGGUAUUGCGAACGACAUAUAUAUUCCAGCAUCGUAUAAAAACUACCCAAAUCCUAUUUUUCAUCCAGUUACUUGUUUCAACGCCCUUAUUAGGAGAGUUUACUAUUUUGGACAGAAUACAGUGAACGUAGCAUUAUUCAGGUUCCAAGCUGGAAUAAAACCUAAUUUCCUUCUUUGGAAGAACAAUGCCAUCGAAAUAUAUGUACAAGUCAAUAAGGCGUUUGCUGAUCGUAAAGUGAAUAUAAUUAAACCAUUGACAUCUAUAUGGGUUGAUGAAGCGUUAGAAGCAAGGGUUAAACAAUUACCCAAGGCCAUUAAAUUGAAUUGGAAGUUGGUUAAAUUCAAUGAAGUGCCUAAAUUAAUGAAUGUGCAACCAAUGAUGAUUCCCGGAAGACCAUUAGAGUUUGUUCAAUUGGUUUAUAAAUUUAAUACUAAACAAGAAUUGAUAAAAUAUGAUAAGAAAACAGAUUUGACGGAAAAUAUCACUCGUGAUGUUGUAGACUAUAUAUCAUUCUUUUGUAAUAGUACCACUGGUGAUAUGACAAUUAUGGGAUCUGUUUUUGAAAAUAAACCUGAUGAUAAAUUACCUAAAAGAGUUUUAUCUGAUGAUAAUAAGGGGGCCAUUCGUAAUAUGAAAAUACAUGGGGAUCUAUAUAGGUUGAAUCCUAAUGAAAAAAAUUUAUGA